GUUUGACUGAUGUCGAGUUGACAACGAAUCUUACUGAGAUGGCGGUGGAAAUGUUAACGACAUGUUUUGAAGCAGUAGAAGAGGGACUGAUGACCGACGAUGACUACUUUUUCGAACUCAUUUCACCUUCCUUCUUUUACACUUCAGGGGAAUACCACCAAGCCGGCCAACUUAUGACGACAAUGUUAGCUUGGUCAAAUAUUUCCAGAUUGCAGGACGAAGAAGAUGAAGCAAAUAUCUUGAUUGCAUUUCCGACGUUGAAUGGAUCUUACGAUCUCAAGGUACAACUCAUCAUCGAUAACUGCAAGGAUCUUAACUACCAAAUGAAAGGAAACAGAGAGAACAACAUCCGUGUGAAAUGGGCUGCGGAACAGAUGAUACAUGUCAAUCUGAAUGAGCAUCGCCUAUUUCGGAAUCGAAAAAUUGGAGGGAAGUUAGGAUACAUUUUGAUGAUCAGUUGGCUGUACGUAAUAUGUCACCGGAAUCAGUUGGCUGAGGCACUGCCGGCAAACACAGAACAUCCACCCGUAAAUCUUAUCGCUGGUUCAAAUGGGAUCGUUCCUUUUGCCUGCAGAAAAGCAGAUCCAUUCGCAGCCAAAUACUACAGUCUUCACCUGGAGGGGAAAGAUGUCCCAUUCUACAUGGAUGGAGUUUUUGUUCCGGAAGGGCUGAUGUCAACAGAUCAAGUCGAAAGAUUCAACAUGGAAUUUGUUGAAAAUGAUCAAGAAAUGUCAAUAGAAAUUAAUAUUGCACAGGUUUCCGUUGAAGACCAGGGGACAUACAUCGCCAUACUCAUUGUCCAGGGGGAUACGACGGAGUCUCAUGUCAUGAAAAGAGCUGUCAUGAUAGUAAUUCCGCCGGGCCCAGCGAUCUGCUUCUUAAUGCCAAGUGAAAUUGUUCCUGAUAGACAUGAGAUACACUGUCACUCUGAACGUGGAAGUGGCGACUCGACACUCACUUGCUUUCAGCAAGAAGACAAGAUACCUUAUUUUCAGGUUGGGGAUGAACAGAGUGAUUCGCAGGUAGUUUACAGAAGACGAUUCUGGAUGCUUAAUACAGAUGUUCCGGUAUAUUGUUGUUCUCAUGAUAUCGAAGAAAUUGGGACUAUUCAGCAAAAGUCUUGUAACCAAUUCAGAUUCCCCACAGGACCGGAACCAGAACCAGAAAUCAGUACAACCCUAAAGCCUUACAAAUCGACUAAAAUUGCGCGAAUUACAAAAUCCAUUUUCAUAGAAGAUAAUAACAACCCUUCCUCCGAAACUACUUCUCUUUCUGGAAGUGAUCGAAAUGUUGACAGGUCUUCUUUAAUAGUUCCUCUUAUGUUUUUAAUCAUUUAUCUUAUCAUGGAGUAGUUUUUAUUCAUAACUUACAGUAAGUAGGUCUCUUUGUAAAACACCAAAUUUUAUUUCAAGAGAUUUAACAAAUUCACUUCAUUUCCAUCACAGGUACAACUUCAAUACAAGUACAAAUCAAUAUAAUUACACAUCAUCAAGAACAGAUCAAUUUAUGAAAUUGUACAGUAACAUCUGUUUUUAUCACAGAAGCUUGUACACAACAAUGUCACCUCACCUGUGUAUAGAAAUGAGGAAAUUUACUUAUUAUCUGAAGCAGAGCUCAGUCUCAUGUGUGUAUAGAAGGCUUUCCUGCGAUUCGGUAUUUUUAAUUAAUUCUCUUAGGUAUUCAUUUAUGGAAAAGAGAAAAGAAACAGUAUAGUUUUAUUUCCUACAUUAGUGUUGUUUCUAUCUCAAGUGAUCAAGUGAAAGAGGACAAUAUUCCGUUACUAGCAUAUCAAAUUGAGAAGCAAUAUCAUUUUUGUGAGAGUUAAAAAAACCCUCAUUCUUGUUCUUAAAAAUGGUGUAAUUCUAAGAGUUUAGGGAAGCUGAUCUGAAAAUCACUGUUUCAAACAUGGCACAUGCAACAUUUCUUUCUUAACAUUAAAAACUAGUUGAAGCUGGCCUAAUUAUAGAAUAAACCAUGCAUAUUGAGUUGCGUGUAGGGGUAACAUAUGCUUAUUAGUGUAUUUGUGUAUAGCUGAAAUACGGAUAUUUUUAUAUUUUCAAGGAAAGUUGUCCCUUAGCAUAUCCAAUUGGUGAUUCCUUGCCUUGUCUUACAGGACAUUCUGACAAUCUCUUAUCUUUUUGAUAUGAAAUUAAAAGAAUGAUUUCCUGAUUGAUGGCGUUCCUCAAACAAGUACCAGAAGGAGAACAAGAACCAAGACUUAACUUGGCUGGAUUACUCAUGACAAAAUAGUACCGUGUUGUACUGCACACGAACAUAAAAAAAGAGAUAAAAAUACAACAAAGGCAUGAAGUCGCCCAGAUAUGUUGUCCUUUAAUAUGGUCCGUGCUUUAUCAUGUUUAUGUACUUGAAAUGUCUGUUCUUAAUAUUUUCUCUAGAAAUAUUUUAAUUGGUUUAUUAAUAUAGAUGAUUUAAGGUGGCAUUAUUGAUUGAAUAUUAUUUAUAAAUUACACAAUUAAUAUAUGUUUUUAAAGUAAACAGUGUUGCCUUUCCUGAAGCAGAUUCU